AUGAAUUCCUACUUCACUAACCCUUCCUUAUCCUGCCACCUCGCCGGGGGCCAGGACGUCCUCCCCAACGUCGCCCUCAAUUCCACCGCCUAUGAUCCAGUGAGGCAUUUCUCGACCUAUGGAGCAGCUGUAGCUCAGAACCGGAUCUACUCGACUCCCUUCUAUUCGCCACAGGAGAAUGUCGUGUUCAGUUCCAGCCGGGGGCCGUAUGACUAUGGAUCUAAUUCCUUUUACCAGGAGAAAGACAUGCUCUCAAACUGCAGACAAAACACCUUAGGACAUAACACACAGACCUCAAUGGCUCAGGAUUUUAGUUCUGAGCAGGGCAGGACUGCGCCCCAGGACCAGAAAGCCAGUAUCCAGAUUUACCCCUGGAUGCAGCGAAUGAAUUCGCACAGUGGGGUCGGUUACGGAGCAGACCGGAGGCGCGGCCGCCAGAUCUACUCCCGGUACCAGACCCUGGAACUGGAGAAGGAAUUUCACUUCAACCGCUACCUAACCCGGCGCCGGCGCAUCGAGAUCGCCAAUGCUCUGUGUCUGACCGAGCGACAGAUCAAAAUCUGGUUCCAGAACCGCCGGAUGAAGUGGAAAAAAGAAUCUAAUCUCACAUCCACGCUUUCGGGGGGCGGCGGAGGGGCAGCCGCCGACAGCCUGGGCGGGAAAGAGGAAAAGCGGGAGGACACAGAAGAGGAGAAGCAGAAAGAGUGA